AUGGACCAACCCCAGACUGAUUACCAGGCACGUGCGAACGACAAUGAAAACACAACCGACGCCACGUACGCCAACAUACCAGCGGCCGACCCACCGAUGCACCAACCCCAGACUGAUUACCAGGCACGCGCGAACGACGAUGAAAAACCCGACGCCACGUACGCCGCCAUACCAGACGACCCACUCAUUGACCAACCCCGGAUUGAUCACCAGGCACGUGCAAACGACGAUGAAAACACACCCGACGCUACGCACCCCACUAUACCAGACGGCGCGUGUCCGGGUGGAGCGAGCGGCCGCCGUGGUGUCUGUAGCUUCCUCCGCGCCCACCGCAGUUGCCAGACCGCCGGCAUCGCCGUGUUGCUUGGCCUGUGCGCCGUGGGACUCGCCCCUCUGACGUUCAGCAACAAACAGUUAUUCCAGAGACGCCAAGACGGAAGCGUGGACUUCUACCGGGGCUGGGCGGACUACAGGACCGGCUUCCCUUCCAACCUGAACGGCGAGUUCUGGCUGGGGAAUGACAACUUGUACCGCCUGGCUGUGCAGAAAGUCUACCAGCUCAGGGUGGAUAUGGAGGAUGUGGAGGGAAACAUGGCGUACGCCGCUUUCGACACGUUUGCCAUCUCACCUCAAUCACAGAACUACAAGCUCCUCGUAGGGAAUUAUAGCGGUACUGCAGGAGACAGCUUGACGUACCAUGACGGGAAACCAUUCAGUACCAAGGACAGGAAGAACGAGGACUACCAUGCAAGCUGUGCUCAGAGGUUCAAAGGUGCGUGGUGGUACUACGAUUGCCAGCUCUCCAACCUGAACGGCCUGUACCACCUGGGUGAGGGUAACAACAACGACGGCGUCACCUGGUACCACUGGAAGGGUGAAUACUACUCCCUGAAGCGCACUGAGAUGAAACUCCGCUCAGCAGCUCCAUAA